AUGGCUAAAAAAAAAGGGUUAUAUGGCUCACUCUUGCCCCUCCUGGACGCUCAAAACUUGCGACAAUUUGCGGCGGACGCAAAUGGCCCAUCCUCCUACGAAAUUGUCGCUAGUCAGACCAGGUGUCCACCCCAGCUGACCGUUCACGAGUUCACAGCCUACCAAAGUUUGCUCUCAGGCAAGAAUUGUCGCUGGUUGUCCAUGGUGCGCGAGUUAGGUUCAUCCAACCUCAACUUUAGUCUGGAAGCCACGAUGCGUUUGUACAACCAUCUCGCCUUACAGGUUGGGCCGAUGCAGGAUGACGAUGACCUGCGUAUGAUCCACGCUGUGUUCAAGGACGUGACAUUUUGCACCCAGUUACUUACCCAGAUAGAGAGACAUCUCGAGGGAAUUUCCUGCAAUUGGCGUGAAUCGUAUUAUAUGGAAAUUCUACUGACCUUACUUCUACGCACAUGUACCCUUGGAACCGGAUGUUCGGUCCAAGAAGGCCUCAAGCUUCUGCACCAUGUGAGGCAGAUCACCUUGCAGUGGGUUCGCCAACUACAGCACGAGGUCCGCAGUGCGGUAGAUGCAGAGACUGCUGCGAGUGCGACGAGGUAUGCUUUCAUCGCUGCGAUGCUGUGCAAACGAACAUUUUCCGUGUCGACAGACAACCAGGACACAUGGGGACCUGAAGAGCUUCACUGCUUCUUCGAGGCUUCGAUUGCUGUGCAGGAGAAUCUGGACAGUAACCCGUGGAAACUUCCUCCAGUAUUGAGCUGCAUGUUGAUCUGCGAUCUGAAAAUGACAUUCCGCAUGCGACACGUUCUGCUAAAGUCUGUCACAUCCCAUCCGGACGCUCUCGAAUCGGCCAUUAACCGCGUGUGGCCCGAAGCAGACGACUGCACGAGGGUAUAUGGGCGCUGGGAAACGUUGUCUGAUCGCUGGGAAUGGUGGAUGGUCUCUACAGUGUCGGCCACUGAAUUUACACGUCCGCAGGUGGUCCAUUACCAUCUUUUGGAGGGCCACCUCCUAGUCAACAACAAGCCUCUGGGAAAACUACCCAGAGAAAUCCGAGAAUCCGCUAUCGUCCAGGAACUGUUUGGUGACGAGCAUCUGCUGACGUUCCCCUCUGGCCUGCCAGGCAUGACCUACAUGUUGGCCACCCGAAGGCAUGGACACCAAAUCCAUCUGGGCUUGCGCAAUGGGAAGCAGGUUGUUCGUGCUCGUAUAUCCGGAACCAUCCUCGAGUUCGUGGACAGAGCGGUGUUCGGCACCGGAAAGGAUUGUGACGUCCCUGGUCCGUUGAUCGACGAUUGUGUGCACUGGCUCGAUUUGAUAUCGGGACGGCUGGAAUUUAGGAAACGACCCGAUAUCUGGAAAUUCAACCGGCCGGGCAAUUGGAACCUCGAUGUCCGCACGGGAAGGGUGUCAUGCCGAAUGGUCCUGCUUGUUGACCCGCAUAGCGAGCUCUUUCACCGUAUUGCGGGUUUUUUCGAGCAUUUUGAAGAUGCUGAGAGACUGGUUGUCUCCCAGCCAUUUCGGAAAAGCCUUACAGUCGAGCUUAAGCGGCUGGAUCUUCAGUUUAGAGUCAAUGAAAAGGGACUGCUGCAAUCAAACCACCUGCGUGCCGAGGUUGACCCCGACCAGGACGCUGGGAUCUGGUACGGGUUGCAAAACAAGAUUGUUCUUCGAGAUGCCCGAAACCCUGUCCAACGAAGUGUCAUCGUCCCCAUCGCUUCGCUCAUAUAUCGACGUGACGGCAUUCAUGUAGCUGUUCGCGUUAUAAACCAUGGACUCUACGGCCGAUACUUUAUUGACAAUGUACUAGGACGCUUGCAGUGUGCAUCGGAGCCUUUGCUGCUUUAUAUGAAGGCAAAGUUGCACGCUUACACAUCGUUCGUCUUGCCUGAUCCUCUAACCGGUCGCUCUGGCACGGAGGAAGCUUUGGCUUCUCUAUCGUCUGGAUCCAACUUACACCGAGUCGGAAGUACUACCCCGAGAAUGGGCGUAGCCAGCAGAUUGUCACCUGGGAUAAAGAGCUCACGGUUACCAUUCAAGCACGAUUGUUAUCGCACCGUCGUCGAAGCCAUCCUGGCGAAAGUCGAGAAACUGUCCGUCUUUUCCAUUUCGCCUGUGCAGCUGCCAAGCUUGGAGUCCGGUGAUGUUCUUCACCUCCGCGAACGAGGUUAUGCUCAUCGUCGUCGAUAUGAAAGGCCAAACUUGUUUCCAUGCGAACCGAUCCCUGCCAAAGAUCAUCCAUAUCUAAGUCGAGAUCAUCUAGAGGAGAAUGAAGCAACGCGUAAUGUCUCCGAGAUUACCAAUCUGCUGCGCAUACAGCCGUCGCGUAUUCAUACAACUAAACAUCUGGCCAAGGCCCUCCAGCAGACAUCUUUCAUUCAGGGUUAUGUUUCCACCUUCUCGAACCCUUUCCUUAGUGAUCUUCUGGAGGCGGAUAUAGGCCUCCAAUGGGGACCUCUGGUGAAUCUUUGCCGGCGUAGCGAGCGAGAAAGUCGAGAUUCUCUCAUGUUCCAAUUGGGUGUAAUGGCGUUCGGUAAAAAUGUGAACAUGACGCUGUUAAGGACCAUCGCCGCAUUUUUCCUGGUUGAGGAGCUCCGCGUGCUGAAUCUGCCUGCUUACGCUGCUUAUAUAGAUUUUCAACGCGGUCAGCAACCAACGUUAGACGGUCUAGUGAGUCUGAUACGACCUUGCUGUAGAGCAUUCAUUGUCAAUACAGAGUCAGAUAAUGCAUGCCCCGUAAAACGACUGCGGGGUAUUGAUCCAGCAAAAGAGGAGUACGAACAGCGAUGCGACAAGGAAUGUGAGGACCUUGCUCUCAUUCUUCUGCGGCAGUGGCCGUGUCCAGAGCCUACUAUUGAGGAUUUCUCUGCAAGGGCCAUAGACAUCACAAAAGUCCAGGAGGCCAUCGGGCAGGAAUGGCGGCGUCUCUUCCAGAAUUGGGAGUUUUCUCAACAUCUAACAGAAGUCCAGGAAGUUCUGAAUCGUCACAAAACCAAGACUAACUUCGUGUCAUCCACGACGAGACCGAAGCAAACGCCACUACUGCCUAUUCCUGACCGAAAAAGCGUGAUUCCCACCCUCUCCCAUGAUCUUCUCCGAAAGGAAGGCCCUAGUCCAACUGCUGGAAGAGGAAUACUUGAUGAUUCACGUAUCACCAAUCCAACGAGCGAGUUGCUCCAUGAGGAAUUUAGCAAUGAGACGGUGCCAAUAUCAGCUCCUUCUCCUGCAAUCGAGGAGCUCAAGACCAUUGUGGAUACCAUGAUCAGUUCACCCAGCUCCAUUCGUAGGCAGUAUGGAGAAGACUUGAAAGAGAGCCUGGUCGCCCUUCAAAAGCUUCAGCGGUUAGAAAGAUUGCCUCGGCACAUUCCUCCGAUUUCCGAUCUAUCUUCCAGGAUAGCAGAAGCUCAACAAACCAUGAAAGACCAAUUUCAAGCUAUCUGUGAUGCCUUCGCUGCAGGCGAUGCUCGACAUGUCUGGUUAGAUGCCGGGAAUUUGUGGCCAUGCCUUACACCAGUAACAUUGCUCGAGCAGCUGCGAACAACAGCCCGUCGUUGGAUUAAUCCACACAUGAAAGAGUCGUUAAUUGCAUAUGCUGUCUCUGUUACGCGAGUCCAACAUCUGCUGCGCAUCGAGGAUGCGCAGAGAAAGGAAGAUGCACGGCGACUCCAUCAAGAACGGACAAACCCCGGACAUGGCAAUUGGAAGCCCCGGGAGUAUCCAGAUUGGAUUCUGCUUGAGAUUGGCGCCAACAUGCUCAUUCGGGACGACCAGGUGGAUGUAGCGCCUGCUACUAUCUCCCCUGCAUCUGGGUCUAAUUCAGUACUCCAGAUGAACAUGGGCCAAGGUAAGAGAUCCAAUCGAACCUGUACCGAGCGAGAAGGUACUGACGCAUUUCAAGGCAAAACAUCCGUGAUUAUGCCUAUGGUUGCCUGUGUCCUUGCCAAUGGCAAAAAUCUUGCUCGACUGAUUGUGCCCAAGGCGUUACUGACGCAGACGGCUCAGAUCAUUCAAUCCAGACUAGGAGGUCUUUAUGGGUUGCACCCAGAGCGCGAUCCUAUCGCUGUUCCGUUCCAUGCCAAAGGGGUAUCGUCUGAGCAGGCAGAAUGGGGUCAUCCUGACGUCGCCAUUCUCUUCACCUGUCUGGCCUUCUACUAUGGCGGACUGACUGUACCGCAGUUGCGUCAAGCUCUGCAGCAUCUUCUGCGAUCGAACGAUCCAUCCAGCGAGUACGAUCGUUGGACACAUCACUCGGCUACGCUCCCUGAGUCGCUGCGGCGAUGGAACCUAAUCAACAUUGACGAUGAUGGGCAAAUUUUGGCGCUUUGGAAACAUCUGCGUUUCGUUGUCAUUGUUAUCGAUGACUACUUAAACCACUUUGUCUUUCCCGUCCACGCCAGACAAUUCUCUCAAAAACCGCAGGCAUCUGGAUGGGAUAUUCCUCUGUUUACCCCCGACCAGCAGUUAGGCCCGUCGGGAUUGACAACCGGAUUUAGCGGCACAAAUGACAACCGACGGAUGCUGCCGCUGACCAUCAGACAAGAGGAUCUUCAUGGAUUAUCGCAUACCAAUGCAGAAGUGCUGACUUACCUUCUGCAGGAGCGGAAUCGAUCGUAUGUUUUAGCUGCCCAACCAAAUGGGAAACACCUAUCCGAGAUCGAAUUCCUCGGUCGCCUCCGAGAUAUGGGAAUUCGUCUCCUCAUCGACGCCGGGGCGCAUAUCUUGGAGCUGGACAACAAAGGCCUCGUCAGGCAGUGGUUGGAUAUUGACCAUCAAGCACCUGCGGCGGUCUACUUUGAUGUGAACAGCAGGGCCUGGGUUCUCUAUCGCAAUGGUGAAAGCGUGCCCCUUUUGGCAUCCCCAUUCGUCGACAACCUCGAGGAUUGCCUCGUGUAUUUGGACGAGGCUCAUACUCGUGGCACUGAUCUCAAAUUUUCCGAGUCCGCUCGUGGGGCGUUAACUUUGAGUCUGGGACAGACAAAAGAUCACACCGUUCAAGCUGCCAUGCGACUCCGUCAAUUGGGAACAUCGCAGUCGGUUGUGUUCAUGGCGUCACCCGAAGUCCACCAGAGCAUUUUGGAUCUCCGUGAAAAGUCACCCGGUGACAAAAUCGAUGCGUCCGAUGUUCUAUACAGGCCUAGACCGGAAGGUGAGUCCGUAAACAGUAUGAUACGCGGAUCAGGAAGAUUGCAGGAAUUCUGGGAGGAGCUGAAGAGGCAACAAGAGGGCAAACUGAACAGCAGCGAGCCGAUCUACCCUACCUCGGCGUUUCAGGAGGUUGAACAGGAGCGGGAAGUCGUCUUGCAGGUUGAGGAGGUGCGGCAAGUACAGCGGCCGGUGCAUUUUGACCCAUUGACUUUUCGUGGGCUGGAUCCAGACUUCAUGCAUUUUGUAAAGACCGGCGAACUGUGCGGACAAGGAUGGUAUGAACCGGUAUUCUUAGCCCUGCGGCGAACGAGACUGGGACGCAAGUACAGUAUCAAUCCUGGGAGACAGUCACGUCUGUUCGUUUCGAUAGAAUUUACCAGAACCAUCGUUGGGCAAGAAGGUCACUGGUAUGAUGAUUUCCUGCGUCCGGUCCAUUGGAUCUUGUGGAGUCCGAAAACUCGGACAGCACUUGUGAUCAUCCCGGAAGAAGCAGGACGCCUCAUUCCUGUGAUUCGAAAACUGGAUCCACCGGGGGCGCAUCUCCUCGUUUAUGCAGCACCGAUCACGAAAGGUAUGCUUCAAUUUAAUCGAGCGAACUUCUACUCCCUGCCGAAACUUGAGGGAGGUCAGGAGCUGCCGGACAAACUGAUAAUUGAAUUGGGAAUUCUGGGCGGUCGGCUGUAUUUUGAAAUUGAUGAGUACGAAGAUAUCGUGAAUUAUCUUCAUCUACAGGAUGUCCAGGAUGAUGCACCAACUUCAGUUCCGGGUGAUCGGUUUACAGCAAACCCUAUUGGCUUCCUGGAAGAGUAG